CGUAUUGGCUGAGUCUCAACGAGACGUGAAUAAGAGCGCGUGGAUGGUGGGGAGCGUCAUGUGGUGUGCGAGGACCCUCCAGCGUGCGUCUCUAUCGAGGCGGAGUGUCAGCCGGAGCCAAGCACCAGAACUGAUGCCAAAUAAUCAUGGAGAUUAGUAAAAAAGACGAAACCGACAACCCGCUGUCCUCUGCCAGCUGUUUAUCAAAACUCUUCCUGUGCUGGUUAGUCCCGUUGCUGCAGCUCGGCCAGAAAAGGAGGUUGGAGGAAAAUGACAUGUACAGGGUUCUUCCAGAGGAUCAGUCCAAAGUGCUGGGAGAGGAACUACACAGAUGUUGGGACCAUGAAGUCAGAAAGGCUACGAAGGAGCUCCGGAAGCCAAAUCUCACCGGAGUUCUCAUUAAGUGCUACGGGAUGUCAUACGCAAUGGCUGGGUUGUUUACAUUUUCACUGGAAGCAAUCAAAGUUAUCCAGCCUCUUCUUCUGGGCGAAGUGAUCCUGUUCUUUGAGAAUUAUGACGAGCAGACGAGUCUGCGCAUGGUGUAUGUUUACGCAGCUGCCAUGUCCAUCUCCCCGUUCGCGCUGACCAUUCUCCAACAUCUCUACUAUUACUAUGUCCAAAGAACAGGCAUGAGGAUCAGAGUGGCCAUGUGUCACAUGAUAUACAAGAAGGCUCUGGGCCUCAGCAGUGAAUCCAUGGGGCAAACAACCACGGGACGAAUCGUCAACCUCUUAUCAAAUGACGUCAAUCGUUUUGAUGAGAUUACACUGAAUCUGCACUACCUGUGGCUGGGACCACUACAGGCCAUGGUGAUCAUCGUGUUACUAUGGUGCCGGAUCGGACCCUCGUGUCUGGCAGGUGUGGCAGUCCUUGCCCUCAUGAUGCCUGUGCAGACAGUGUUUGGAAAGCUCUUUGGCAUCUUCAGGAGCAAAACGGCAGUCCUUGCUGACAACAGAAUCCACAUCAUGAACGAAGUGGUGUCUGGCAUCAGGAUCAUCAAGAUGUACGCCUGGGAGAAACCCUUCUCAGCUCUGGUUACAGACGUCAGAAGGAAAGAAAUCAGGCAGAUUUUGAAGAGCUCCUACUUACGAGGACUUAACAUGGCCUCCUCCUUUGCCAGCAGCAAGAUCAUAGUCUUUAUUACCUUCACUGUCUACGUUCUCCUGGGGAACACCAUCGAUGCCAGCACUGUGUUCGUCACAGUUUCCCUGUACGGCACCAUCAAGCUCACAGUCACCCUGUUGUUCCCACUGGCCAUUGAGAAGCUGUCGGAGACUGCGGUUAGCGUUCGCAGAAUUGAGGAAUUUCUUCUGCUGAAGGAGAUUGAGAGGAAAAGCUGUGGGCUUUCUCUUGAGGAAAAGAAGGACAACUCUGUUGAGAUUACGAAGAUGACCUGCUACUGGGAUAAGAGUUUGGAUGCUCCAUCGCUGCAAAACAUAUCUAUCACAGUGAAGUCUCACGAACUUCUGACUGUAAUUGGCCCAGUGGGUGCCGGAAAGUCCUCUCUGCUGAGUGCCAUCCUGGAAGAACUGCCUCAUGACUCAGGAAACCUCAAGGUCAAAGGUCAGCUGACAUAUGCCACGCAGCAGCCCUGGGUGUUCCCCGGAACCGUCCGCAGUAACAUCCUGUUCGGAAGAGAGUUUAACCACCAGAGGUACCAGAGAGUCCUCGGGGCGUGUGCUCUCAAGAGGGACAUGGAGCUGCUCCCAGAUGGAGACCUGACAAUGAUCGGGGACAGAGGGGCCACCCUCAGCGGGGGACAGAAAGCUCGGGUCAACCUGGCCAGGGCUGUGUAUCAGGAAGCAGACAUCUACCUGCUGGAUGACCCUCUGAGUGCUGUGGACGCAGAGGUUGGGAGACACCUGUUUGAAAAGUGUAUCUGCGGCCUGCUGAAGAACAAGUGUCGUAUCCUGGUCACCCACCAGCUUCAGUACCUGCAGGCGUCCGACCAGAUCAUCGUCCUCAAGGAGGGUCACAUCAUGGCCGAGGGAACCUACAACGAGCUUCAGAGCUCUGGACUCAACUUCCAGUCCCUGCAGAGGAGCGACGAGGAUCAGGAGUGCUCCAUUCGAUCACCAGAGCCAGACAGACUGUCCCUUCUCAGCAAGAGGACCAAUAACUCUCACGGCUCCCAGAGCAGCCUCCUGGUGCCCGAGAGCAGAUUCAAUGAGCAGCAGCUUCCGGCUAAAACAGUGCCCAGCGUGGCAGAGGAGAGCCGAGCUGAAGGAAAUGUUAGCGGCCACAUCUACCUCAAGUACUUCACUGCAGGCCACAGCCCUGCGGUGCUGGUGUUUGUAGUGCUGAUCAGUGUCCUAGCUGAGGGUGCGUAUAUAAUGCAGGACUGGUGGCUCGCAUACUGGUCGAGAGGGGAGUUCUUGAACAGCACAGCCAGAGAUGUUACCCUCGGCUCUGGCAUCAAUGCCACUCGCUCAGAACAAGAGGCCGAUCUCACGUUUCACCUUGGCAUUUAUGCAGGUUUGACAGCGGCUGCGGUGGUCUUUGGCUACAUGCGCAGUUUGGUGUUGUUUCACGGACUGGUCAGAUCGUCUCAAACUCUGCACAACAGCAUGUUCAGCGCCGUCAUCCGCACGCCUGUUCGCUUCUUUGACGUCAACCCCAUAGGAAGGAUUCUCAACAGGUUUUCCAAAGACAUCAGCCAGAUGGACUCCCUGUUACCCAUCACCUUUGUGAACUUCUAUCAAUUAUUUUUACAGAAUGCGGGCGUGAUCGCGGUGGCGGCCUCGGUCAUCCCUCUCAUCCUCGUCCCCGUCAUCCCUCUGCUCUUCAUCUUCUUGUACUUGAGACGUUUCUACCUCCGUACGUCACGAGACGUCAAGCGCCUAGAAUCUACAACUCGGAGUCCCGUGUUCUCCCACCUGUCUUCAUCUCUUCAGGGCCUGUCGACCAUCAGAGCCUUUAGAGCUGAGGAGAGGUUAACGAAAGCCUUCGAUGCUCAUCAGGACCUGCACACAGAGGCGUGGUUUUUGUUCCUGAUGACGUCCCGCUGGUUCGCUCUUUACCUCGACAGCAUUUGCUCAGCAUUUAUCACCUUCGUAACCUUUGGCUGUAUCCUGCUCAGAGAUGGGCUGAAUGCUGGGGAGGUGGGGCUGGUGCUGACGUAUGCUGUGACUCUGGUGGGCAGCUUCCAGUGGAUGGUGAGGCAGAGUGCCGAGGUGGAGAACAUGAUGACGUCAGUGGAGAGGGUGGUGGAGUACACCGAGCUUGAGAGUGAGGCACCCUGGGAAACUAAGAAGCGUCCUCUUCCUGAUUGGCCCAACAAAGGUCUAGUGACCUUUGACCACGUCAGCUUCUCCUACAGGCCAGAGGGAGCGCCGGUCCUCAAAGACAUCAGCUUCACCUUCAAACCCAACGAGAAGGUGGGCAUCGUGGGGAGGACGGGCGCCGGGAAGAGCUCUCUGGUGUCGGCUCUGUUCCGCCUGGCCGAGCCUCAGGGGAAGAUCUACAUAGACGGAGUUCUGACCUCUGAGAUCGGCCUCCACGACCUGCGCACCAAGAUGUCCAUCAUCCCUCAGGACCCGGUGCUGUUCACAGGCUCCAUGAGAAAGAACCUGGACCCCUUCGGCCAGCACUCUGACGAGGACCUGUGGAGGGCUCUGGAGGAGGUGCAGCUCAAGUCGGUGGUGGAGGAGCUGCCCAGGAAGCUGGAGACGGUGCUGGCCGAGUCGGGGUCCAACUUCAGCGUGGGCCAGAGGCAGCUGGUGUGUCUGGCCCGGGCCGUCCUCCGACAGAACCGCAUCCUGGUCAUCGACGAGGCCACGGCCAACGUGGACCCCGGGACGGAUGAACUGAUCCAGAAAACCAUUCGGGAAAAGUUCAGAGAGUGCACCGUGCUCACCAUCGCUCACCGCCUCAACACCAUCAUAGACAGCGACAGGAUCAUGGUUCUAGACAGCGGUACCAUCCAGGAGUUAGACCGGCCCUUUAACCUGCUGCAGAACAAAGACGGAGCCCUCUACAAGAUGGUGCAGCAGAUGGGUCGGGCGGAGGCAGCCGCCCUGCUGAAGGCAGCCACAGGUAACUCGGGAGUCUGUCCAGCAGAACAAGAUUUAGAGAGAAGGCUAGUCUGAGAAGACGUAACCUUUCUUUUAUUUUGAAAUGUGCAAAUCAACCUGGUGAAGGACGUCUUUUUCUGCCACCAUUUUAUUUUCAGUUCUGAAGCUGUGCAGGAAAGUUAGAACUGUGUCUUUUAAAGUUGAUAAGUCAACAAUCAUGUUUAUCACAUGUGAAUAAGAUGGUCCGGUGAUGGUGUGGUACUUACUGUGCAAGGUAAGUCCAACUGGGACAUCUUGAAAUGGCAAUGCAAACCGUCAUUUUUAAUCCAGGUUAUUCAACUUUUAACUAAGUUCAGGUUUUAAAGUUGCUGAGUUGACGGUUAAUGGGUCACCUCAUAAGGGUAAACACUUUUGUGCAAAUACACAUGUGUAAAAAUGUGGUGCUUGUCAAUCGUGUGUUAGUCAUCUUACAGUUAUUAAGCUUUUUACAUUUUUAAUGUCUGUUUAGUUGUUUUUGAAAUGCUGCUUUUUUCUUACUGCAGUAAAAUGAGACCUAUGAUGUAAGUUUUUUUUAUGCAUUUAAAAUCAGAUCUCAGCCCAAAACAGAACUGUUUAUUCUAAAUGCUGGUGCUGUGUUUAUUUCUGUGGUUUGUCAGUAGAUGACUGAAUUCAUUCCAAAUGGCAGGAUGUUUGUGGAGAAAAUAUUUUCAAUGUCAUACCAUUGAUACUAUGUGUCAGUUUGUUUUUUCUAUUACCAUUAUGAACCAUUACCACGAUGAUGGCCAUAUUGAAAUAAAAUUCCUUAAAACUU